AUGGAUCGGAGCUCGGCAUUGAGACUGAGGCUGAUUCGGCUGAACGUGGUUCUGCUCCUGUCCGCCAGCAUCAUCUGUCUGCAUGGGAAUCCUAUCGCAGGCGACCACGAUCUUCACUGUGUGAAUGAUUACUUGUUCACGGUCAACUGCACCAUGAGCCUCAAACCAUAUGAAGACACCUCCGGCAGCGUCAGCUCCUACUGGCUCAAUUUCACAGAAACAUUGGAACCAAGGACGUUUCAGUGCAUGCUGACAAACACCGACAGGGAUUAUUUCUGCUCUGUUAAAACAUCUGAUCUGACGCCUGACGGAGAUUCUCCAGAGAUGUUCACAGACACAGAUACGUUUAAUAUCUCUCUCUGUCACAACCAGACAGAUGGAUCUGAAAUGUGCGAGGAGCUGGAUGGCGAAUACACACCUGAAACCAACAUUAAACCAAACGCACCGUGCUGCCUCAGGUUCAGCCACAUCUCAGGUCAACACCACUUCACCUGGAGCAGCACCUAUGAGAAAUAUGAGUCCUACACGGCUCUGGUCCAAAACUUCAAGUAUCAGCUUCGUUAUUUUAGAAGAGGAGACGAACAUGACAACAAUGAGGUGGUCUCACGUGAUAUCUACACAGAAAGAACAAACUAUUCUGUGGACAAUGACGUCUUUGUGCUGGACGCAGAGUACACUGCCAGUGUACGGUCCAGUCCCAACCUGGUUUUUUACCGAGGAGAGUGGAGCGACUGGUCCGCCGAGGUUCACUGGAAGACGGGGUCAGCUGAUCCCCCCAGAAACCCAUUUAUUACGAGGCUGUGGAUUGUGUUCAUCACCUUAUGUGUGCUGGUGCCACUCAUCCUACUUAUGUGCUAUGCUCCUGUAAAGAGAUGGAGGCAGAGUGCCUUCAUCCCAAGUCCAGCUCCCUAUUUCCACACCCUGUACUCCGACUGUCAAGGAGAUUUUAAGAGCUGGGUGAUCACACAAGAAGGCCCAGCAGACAUGCAGAAAGCAGAGGCCACGCUCCAAAUCGACACCCUGACCGGGUGUGCAGAUGUCCCAGAGGAGGAGCUCCAGCCCCACUUUCACCACCAGCUGAUCGAGGGCAGCGUGUACAGUAACCUAAUCAACCCAGAGUGUGAUACCUCUUGCCUGGGCGUCCCUUAUGCUGUGAGCACCAUGGAGCCACUGUCAGCUCCAGGGAGUCUGACCCUCGGUUCUCAGCCAGGUAGCCCAGCUGAGGGGGACUCAGGGUGCUGGCUUUGCAGCGACUCCUCCCUGGAGAAGGACUCUCCCUGGUACUUUAGUAAAUACUGCACCCUGGGCAGCCUCACCGAGUCUAGUCCACUCAAAGAGCAUCAUGGGAGCGUGUCAACAAAAUGUUCCUCACAGGAGAUCAUCAGCAUGGAUGCCACUGGGGAAACACAGUGA